AAAUUCACAGCCUUCUAUAUAUCGAGCUAUGAACAAGUGUGAUAGUGCAGCUCUGCUUUGACAUUUUAAAAUAUGUUGAUGGGUAGCGUAAAAUUGUAAUCUUGGCAGUAAUGUAGUUGCUGUGAUAAACAUGUGUUUGUGUGUGGGUGUAUUUUGCGUUUUAAAACUAGUAUUUCGUGAAGCUUCAAACCCCUUCAAAGAGAUUUGUUAAAAUACCAGGGGAGGACCUGAGAAAUGGGGCCUCCGCCCGUUGUCACAGGAGUAUCUCCGAAAGAAGGGCCACCAGGGACUCGUGUUACUGUCAGGGGUGAAUUUUUGGGCACUGGACCUACUGAUCUUCAAGGGUUGACUAUAUGUGGCUGUGACUGCUUACUGUCAGCAGAAUGGAAGUCUUCAAACAAAAUUAUUGCUAGGUCUGGUCCAGGAAAGGGUCGUGGUGAUAUUAUUGUCACAACUCGAUCUGGAGGAAGAGGAACAUCUACAGUGCAGUUCCGAGGCUACCAUGAGACUAUUGGACCAAUGAAAGAAAGUGCUGUAUGGGUAGAGGAAGCUCCAUUGCAGACACUUGCUUGGGGACGACGAUCCUUGUCGCCCACAAGCUAUCAACAAGAGGAUCCACUUGGUCUUUCAGUAGAGGAGAAUGAUAAGAAGUUUCCAGAAGAUGACCUACAUGAACUGUUUCCUGAGGGAUCAGGUGAUUUGGCAUCAGAGCAGUUUGUAGCUGGCUGGUUUUUGCUGGAACAUCAUCAUGCUACAACAUUUGAUGACUUGCGAGCUGGUCUUGCUUUCCUGCGACGGAAGGUUGAUGGCCAGAAGGAAGGACAACUUUCUUUUUUUAAAGCAAAUGUAGGUUCAGUGAUGGACCAGAUGGAUACUCUUAUGAUUUUAAAAGACAGAUUUGAAGCUGAUAUGAAAGAACAUGGCCCUGAACCAACAGUGAAAGUGGAAAAUGCAAUACAAGAUUGUAUCCUUGAAGCAAACAAGCUGUUUGAUGAGGUUCUAGCAAGACGGGAUCGUGCAGAUGCCACACGGAAUGCUCUUGGAGUUCUUUUGAGAUUUAAGUUCCUCUUUAGCUUACCUGUGAGCAUUGAGCGCAAUAUUCGGAAAGGAGAUUAUGAUGUUGUAAUCAAUGACUAUGCACGUGCCAAAAACCUCUUCAGCAAGACUGAUGUAGCUGUGUUCAAGAAAGUUCUAGUGGAAGUUGAACAACGGAUCAACAGAUUGAGAGAAAUUUUACACAGUAAGCUGCAGGACAUGCCAUCAACUCUUGAAGAACAGAAGAGAAUUAUAAGGAAUCUGGUGAAUCUUGAAGCAACAGGUGACCCAGCAUGGGAUGGAAUAUCCUACCAUUCUUCAUUCAUUUCUCAGCAACUCAAUUCUUGCAGAGAUGAACAUAUUGCUGCUGAAAUCACUGCUGGAGAAGAUACAGGUAAAACGUCCAAGUCAGGCUUGCAAUCAACUCCGUUGUCAAACAAGUUUGGUAGGUCAUCUAAUAACAACAAUAACAGUUCACAGUCACAUGACUGGCUGACAUCAGUUCCACAGAGGGUGCUGUUUGUGGAGGAGCUGACAGACAUAGUGUCCAACAGGUUUCCAGAUUUGUGGAAGCUGGGACAAGCUUAUUUCAGUGGAGAACUGCAUGUUAAGGUUGAGCCAGGCAAGCAAGCUCAGUUCAAGAGGAUGGUACUGACAACCAUUGAGCUGUUCUCGGGGCUGUUACGUGCAGCAGUCUUGCCGCACACACUGGAUCGAAUGUCAGUACAACGACAGACAUAUGGAACAUGGCCCAGUCAGGGCAUGGAAGGAGUUGGUCCAUGGCUUCCUCACUGCCUCCGUUAUGUACGUUCUACAUACAGUUCCUUCAUUAGACUUGAUCUCCCAGGAGAAGCUUUAGAUAUUAUAGCCAUCCUCAUAUUUGAUUUACGGUUACACUGUAUGAGCACUUUGUUUCAACAAGCAUCGGAACAUGUUAAAUCCCUGCAUAAGAGGGAAACAUGGAAAAUAGAAUUUGACAGCAAGCAUGGUGGCAUUACUGCCCUUCCAUCACAAUUUGAAAGCAAGGUGCAGGAGGUGGUACAGCUGGUAAAGGAAUCUGUAUUAGUAGGGGAACAGAGAGAGACAUCACUUCUUGAAAACAGCAAUGCUCAAAGAGAACUGAGCGCGCUUGUUCAAGGUCUGCUUCUUAGUUUCUCACAGUCAUUGGAGAACUUUGCAUUCAGUAAUGAAGCAGUUAUGCAAGAAGACCACUCAACAGCAGUCUCACAGCUCAUUGGGUCUCCAGCAGUGUAUAGAAGUAGCGAGAAGGAAAGAAGUGGUCCAGCUUGGGAGCAGAGAUUGCUUACGACAUUAAGCAAUUGUCAGUACACUGCCAAAGUUGUGUUACCCUGUCUCUCAGAGCUGUUCAUACGUCAUGGCUUUCCAUCUCCUGUAUUACCAAUUGCUACUGCUACCAAUGCCUUGAAUACAUUGGACAAGCGGAUUCUUGAGGUAUACUUAGAGCAGAAAAGUGAUCCAUUGGUGGGAACAAUAGAACCAUCUAUGUACCUGGGGCGAUUUGAUUGGGAUACAACACGAAAACCUACAGAUAUCAGACCAUAUGCCAAGGAAAUCAUUGCCAACAUGAUUGGUGUGCAUGCUGAGGUACAUCGAGUGUCUCCAAAUCUCGUACCACGUGUUUUGACACAGAUAGUUGAGACAGUAGCAGAAGAACUGUCACGUUUGAUGUCAUGUGUGACUCGCUUCAGUGUGGAGGGCAACCAACAAGCUCGGGCUGACAUUCUGGCUGUACAGGAAACAGUCCGAUUUUUCAUUACUCCAACAGCUCAAAGUUUCUUUGAUGAAGCCCUAGAAGCAGUUCCACCACUGAUAAGUACAGCUGACAUGAAGGUUGUAGAGGAUAUCUUGACCAAGUUCCGUAUCCGCAUGCGACUGCAACUAAUGUGCUUUGGAGAUCCUAAGAACCAGCAGACUGUGGCUGCACCUGACAUGUGAUGUUAGCGAGAGGACAAAAGUUCAAGGAGAGGAAGCCAAAUGCAACAGCUAUUCUCUGCAGUAUACUGGGAAACACCUGUUUGAACUGUAUAGGUACAGAAUCUUGUUAUGCAUUGUGAAGUUGUACCAAAAUUCUGUAAAUACAUACGUAUAGUGUCUGCUAAGAUUCUAUGUAAAGACUAUGGCAAAUGUUUAUGUACUUUAUUUUAAUUGAUUUUUGUAUUCUCAAGGACAAGUACAUCUGGCCUGUCCUCUUAUUUCAUUGUUAUUUCAGUACAUUCAUCAAGUAUUUUCAUUGAAAGAAGCCCUUAUAGUUAUCAAGCUCAGAUAUAUGUAUUUAUUCCUUUUGUUAAAUCAAAUGUUUGUACUUUAUAUUGCUAACAAUCUGUAUACUUGAAACUGGAAGGUAUAUACAUAAUUGUUUCAUGUAUUAAAUUAAAAGAAAAUAGGAAAUGUUGGCACAGCUUUCAUAAUAUGGAGUUACAGAACAGAAUGUGCAAAAGAGGAAUGAAAAUUUCCUGUUCAUGACUCAACAUUUGGACUUCUUAGUUAUGUGUAUGUCGGGUGCAAAUCCACAUUCCUGGAACUGACCAGUCAUGUGUGUAUAUGCUUCUUUCGUCCCUGAAAAGAAAUGCAUUGUCAUGUCUGCUAUAUCAUAGCAUUGUGGUCAGAAAGACAGACCAGACUGCACCUUUAGCAUAAAGAAGCAAGAGGUUCAGGUGGUAAUUCUGUGAUCAUUGGUGAAAUAAUAUGGCAUCACCAAGACCCUGAGAAGAUUCAUGAAUCUGAUAUUAUAAGGGUGAUGCAUGCAUUCCAUCCUAUUAUGUUCGAACAGGUUAGAAUUUGUGACUUAUGUAUGUAAUCUUUUUUUGUGUUUAUUGGUAUUGAUUACUACACUUACACUUGGUUUCCUCAACUUUUAUAAUGAUGCUUGUAAACUUGAAGCAGUACCUUUAAGGAUGUAUGUAGCUAAAGCAUACAAACAUUGAUAAAGGAGAAAGAAAACAUUUUGGAAGUGAAGAUUUCUGUCUUCUGGGUGGUUGCGCUGUGUAGUCUGCUCGAUGUUUACCAAUAUUUCAGAGGUCCUUGCUGCCUCCAUCAUUGCCCUGAUGACGGAGGCAGUAUGACUUCUGAAACGUUGGUGGAAAUCUACCAGAUUACACGGCUCAGUAACCCAGAAGACAGCAAUCUUCAGACUCACCGCUGUGGAAACCUCACAUCCUACAUUUUGGAAGGUGAUUACUAAAUGUACAAGUAUUUACAUAAUCCUUGGUUCCUUAACCUUUAAACUCUAAAUCUGAGAGAUAACAGUUUGGUUUAAACUGUACUGAAUAAGAACUCUUAUAUUGUAAAGAAAAUGUAAAUGUAAAUUGCUUGAAAAUGUGAUGCAACAGAGUUUACAUAUUUGAGAAGAAUGGUAACAUAUCAGAAUUGCAAUAACAAAGAAAUUAAAAGCCGGUCAAAUUGGGGGAAUUCUUGCUACAAUGCAGUUCAGAAUCUUUCUACUUUCUGCCUGCCAUCUAAAAUCAUUAAGAUUAAAAUAUACAAUUCCCCCCCCGGUUUUGUGAGAUGGUGAAAGUUUGGUCUCACAUCAAGGGAAGAACACGGAUUUGAAGUGUUUGAAAAUAGGGUACUGGGGAUAAUAUUUGGACUGAUGAGGGAUGAAGUUUCAGGUGGCUGGAGAAAACUGCAUAUUGAGGAACUCUAUAAUUUGUACUCCUCACCAGAUAUAAUCAAAUCAAGGAGGAUUAGAUAGGCACAGCAUAUAGCAUACAUGGGGAAAUAAACAAUGCAUACAAAAUUUCAGUUGGAAAACCUGAAGAAAAGAGACCAUUUCAAUGAGAAGGUAGUGUUAAAAUGGAUUGUAAGGAAAUGCUAUAAGAGGCUGGAUUAAUCUGGCUCAGGGUAGUUUGGUGGCAGGCUUUUCUGAACAUCAUAGUCAAUAUUUGGGUUCCAUGAAAGGUGGGGAAUUUCAUGACUAGAAGAGCAUACCAGCAACUUCCGAAUAACUAUGCACCAUGCAGUCGGUUGUGUUUCAAAGUUAAGUAAGACAAGUAAUUUGUAUUCCAAGAGAGAAUGGAGCACAUUGAAUUUAUUGUGAGGUUAUAAUGUAUAUUGGACAUUUUUAGAAUAUAACAGAAAGGUCUUCAAAAUGA